GUUAUGGAGCCUCGACCCAAGACUUCCAAGGUGGACGUUGUACCUUUGGACGUCGAUGAAGUCCUGGUGGGACGAUAUCGGGCAGUUGUUCAUGCAUUAGUGCGUGCCGGCGAUGAUGAAGAUUGGCGUCCUCGGUGGCAAGGAAUGGUCAUCUUCUACUCCUUUGUCGGUAUUCCAAAAGGCUUGCCUCCGCACGGCAUUUCAGCGAUGAAACAAAAAUUCAUGGCCAACUAUCCAUCCGAGUUGAUCCAUGCGGACCUUUUUCCGUCGACCAGAUUAGUGAGCCUGGUUCAUGACCAGCUCUCCAAGAAGGUUUGGAAGUGGGUGCCAUGGAAGUAUCGCAUCUCGCUCACCAGGUCAGAAGAGAUCUCUAGCAAUCGAGCUCAGAAGAUGUCAAAAAUUGACCACUUGGGGCUCCACUCCUUGUUGUUUGAUGAUCCUCCUUCAAUUGACGUGUCCAACAACGCCAUGGGGGUGAACUCAAUUCGCAAUAUGCUCGAGGUUCAUGAUCGGGCCAUCGCCUUGUGCCAAGGAGCUCACCUAGCCAAUCUCAAGGCCUAUACCCACAAAUUCAUCGGGUUUUUGACCGCCAAGUAUGAUGGAGAUCUACGUAACCCCAGUGUAUUAGAGGCUCAACAUGCGGACCAAAAAAUUUGGACAGUCAUUGCCGAGCUCAUGGAACGAGGCAAAGGCCAAGGGAAGUCAAAGGGCAAGCAGAAUUCCGGGAAAUCCAAGGGCAAGGUUCAAUGGCUCACGGAGAUUCAACGGGAUGGUGGCUUCAAGCAACUAUGCAUGCGAUAUCAGGUAGGUUAUGGAGCGGCCAGCCCUUCCUGCUGUGAAUACAGCAGACUCAAACUUCGAGAUGAUGACGGUCCCAAAGCUCUACGAUCACCGGAACACUUGUCCGGUCUGCCUAAUCUUACACCCUGGGAACUGCAACGGGUCCAAGAGAGCUUUAUGAUGCUCUCUCGCUGCGUGGAGGUCCUCACCCUGGUUUUUCAAGCAGGUCUCCGAGACGAUUCUGGUGCUUUUGCCAGUAGGGAUAAUCGUCAAGAACAUGACUGGUUCAAGACGCUCCGUACUUCGUGGAUGAACAGGAUCAUCUCUGAGCGAUUGGAUAAGAUCCUACUGGCUCAUGUGGCGUCGGGCAACCCUUCACCACCGUUUUCGAUGGAGAUUCUGACCCCAUUCAAGGAUGAUCUGGAGAAAUUCUUGGAGGCACAUGGACAUCCACCAGAUUGGUCAGUAAGCUCAUCGCAGUUCGACAUCAAGCAGUAUCCUCAUUGGCGGAUCUGA